CUGAAGCAACCGUAACCAUUUGAUUUCCCUCUUCUUUGUUCUCCAUACUUAUUAUGGUCCACAGCAAUAUACACACUCCUCUCAAGCUCCCACCGUUAUCCCAACCCCAUCUUCCUCUUCCCACGCGCUUCACCACCAUGCCUCUUCUACUCGCUCGCACACCACCAUCUUCACUUCCUCCAAUCCUUCACCACCACCACUACAACAACAACAAUAACCACCUUCUAAUCGCACCUUCUCAGAAGCGCUUCCCUCUCAUUGCAGGGCCAAUUCUUCUUCCCCGGCGCAUUCUUGCAUCAACGCCUCUCAAGUGCGCCUCCAUCAACGGAGUCCCCGUUCGUAACACUCCAGAAGCUUCCACAGAACAAGUCUACGCCGGCGAGUUACUUCAGAGGAUUCGUAAAUGGCUCGACUUUUUACCGUCGAUACUUCCCGGCGGACGGUGGUGGGACUUCUCUGACGACGUUGACGUUCAGCUGGUGGCGCAGCCGGUGACCGUGUGGCGCGCGCUAGGCAAAAUGUGGGAGCUUGUCGCGCGUGACAGAUGGGUCAUCAUCGCUGCUUUCUCUGCUCUCAUUGUUGCUGCUGUUUCGGAGAUUUCUAUUCCGCAUUUCUUGACGGCGUCCAUUUUCUCGGCACAGGGUGCUGACCUUGCUGUUUUUCAUAGGAAUGUGCGCUUGUUGGUUCUGUUGUGCGUGACUUCGGGAAUAUGCAGUGGGAUACGAGGUUGCUGUUUUGGCAUUGCAAACAUGAUUCUGGUUAAGAGAAUGAGAGAAACGCUAUACUCUUCUCUUCUACUGCAGGACAUAUCGUUUUUUGACAAUGAAACGGUAGGUGAUUUGACAAGUAGGCUUGGGGCUGAUUGUCAACAAGUGUCAAGAGUUAUUGGAAAUGAUCUUAACUUGAUAUUGCGCAACUUUCUUCAGGGUGGAGGUUCAUUAAUCUACUUGCUGAUUUUAUCUUGGCCACUUGGUUUAUGUACAUUGGUGAUAUGCUCCAUAUUAGCAGCAGUUAUGUUACGCUAUGGAAGUUACCAAAAAAAGGCAGCAAGGUUGAUCCAAGAAGUCACUGCUUCGGCAAAUGAUGUAGCUCAAGAGACAUUCUCUCUUAUUAGAACUGUACGAGUUUAUGGAACAGAAGAAGAAGAAUAUGGAAGGUAUAAUUGGUGGCUAGGGAAAUUAGCUGACAUCAGCUUGCGACAAAGUGCUGCUUAUGGAGUUUGGAAUUUUAACUUUAAUAUCCUUUAUCAUUCAACUCAGGUUAUUGCUGUGCUAUUUGGAGGAAUGUCUAUUCUAGGGGGUCAUAUCACAGCUGAGAAACUUACCAAGUUUAUUCUAUACAGUGAAUGGUUAAUCUACUCUACCUGGUGGGUGGGAGACAAUAUAUCCAAUUUGAUGCAAUCAGUUGGGGCUAGUGAAAAAGUAUUCCAUUUAAUGGAUCUCUCCCCUAGCAGCCAAUUCACAGAAAGAGGUAUAAAGUUGCAGAGGUUAAUGGGGUGUAUUGAGUUUCUAAAUGUAUCUUUUCACUAUCCUUCGAGGCCAACGGUAUCUGUAGUGCAACAUGUUAGCUUUGCUGUCCAUCCUGGUGAGGUGGUUGCAAUAGUUGGGCUUAGUGGUAGUGGAAAAAGCACAUUGGUGAAUCUUUUGCUCCGUCUCUAUGAGCCUACGAAUGGUCAGAUUUUGGUAGAUGAUAUCCCUAUUCAAGACUUGGACAUAAUGUGGUGGAGAGAGAGAAUUGGAUUUGUGGGCCAGGUUUAUGUCUUCAGGAAGAUAAAAUUCAGCGAAUAUAUAUUUCUUUUCUCUUACCAAAAAUUGUUUGUACAGGAACCCAAACUCUUCCGGAUGGAUAUUAGUUCAAACAUUAGAUAUGGAUGUAGAGAUGUAAAGCAGGAGGAUAUUGAAUGGGCUGCAAAGCAAGCCUAUGCCCAUGACUUUAUCUCAGCACUUCCCAAUGGUUAUGAGACACUUGUUGAUGAUGAUCUGUUAAGUGGAGGACAAAAGCAGCGAAUUGCUAUUGCUAGGGCCCUUCUUAGGGACCCAAAAAUAUUGAUUCUUGAUGAAGCCACAAGUGCACUUGAUGCUGAAAGUGAGCAUAAUGUCAAGGGUGUUCUUCGAUCUGUGAGAAGUGAUUCUGCAACCAGAAGUGUCAUAGUCAUCGCACACAGGCUUUCUACCAUACAAGCAGCUGACAGGAUUGUGGUGAUGGAUGGUGGUCAAAUUGUUGAGAUUGGAAGUCACAGGGAACUUCUCUUAAGAGAUGGUUUAUAUGCACGGUUAACUAGGAAACAGGCUGAUGCCAUGGCAUGAUUUGGGUUUCAAAAGCAGAUAUUCUAUUUUUCUUCUGGCUUCAUUUUAGAGGCAGUACAGUGAGGCAGCAAAUAUUUUUUUUCCUUGUUGCUGAUCAAUGUAUUUAUAGUACCACACAAGAAAAUUGGAAAAGUUCAGCAAAGAAGGAAGCUGCAGAAGUUUUGAUUUAAAAUGCAUAGCGGCUUCAGAAAGAUUUCACUCUAUCAGGUUCCAAGGCAGAUUCAAAAGCAAACGUAACUAAGUUAUUGGCCGUAUUCAUAGUCAAGAUGCUGAGAAGCGUCAGAUGUUACUGCCAAUAACCAUAUAGAUUGUUCAUUUUAUACAUGUAAUUUAGAUUUUAAUUCUUGAUGACAUUUUCUUUGAAAAAUACCACCUGCCCCUGUUUCAUGACACUUUGUACUCAUAAUAUUGAAAUCUAUAAAAUUUGAGUUUUCAAAAAAUGGAGAACUUUUCAUGUUAAGAGAUUAUUGUCAACAAA